AUGGCCGAGGAAGAGAUUAGGGCAGAAUUAGAGGCACUCGAGGCGGUGUACGGCGGCGAUUGCCUGGUCAUCGAAGCUUACCCUCCCCAUAUCCAUAUCCGCAAAUUCCAUCUCGGAUACUCCACCGCCACUCGAUCCAUCAAGAAUCCCGUUUUUUUCUCAAAGAGACCUCAGAAGCCCCGGGCCCACGUGAAAGUCCAUCUUGGCGGCGCGAUUUUGCAGAAAGAUAAUGGGGGAUUUUUUGGGAUGAUAUUGUUCGAUUUUGGAGAUCUCGUUGGCGCGAUGGAGGAGGAGAGGCAAACCAUAUACAAAAUAUCAAGGACGAUAAAACGCAGAGAGAGCAGUCUCUACAAUGCCUUACGCUCCAUCUAUGAGGACUCCAUUUUUAUCGGAGAAAUCUCUCAGUUGUGGCCGGACCUGGCUCUGCUCGCCAACCUCCGAUGUGGCCUUUGGUACUACCCUAAAUUCCACUCCAAUUGCUAUUUUAAAUCCACCGAUGGCCACACCAACAAUUUGUCUUUCAGCACUUCCCGCCUCAAUCUCCACGUUGCCGUCCUCGCUGGACAGCAGGGAGGAUGCAUGAUUGUUGAUUCGACAAGGAAAGGGAAGAGAUUUCCUGACAGCAUGUCCAAAACUAUUCCAAUUUGGACCUGUGUUUUAAACCGUGCAAUUUAUGGGUAUAGGACAAGAGUUGACUGCAAUUAUUCUUCGGAUAUUGAGUCAGCCACCUCAAAUUCACACGACAGUCGUGAACAAUUCUCCUAUGAUUGGGAUUGUUCUUUGCAUCUUCCCCUCUGGGUUUCAGAAUCUGAGAAAGCAAUGAUUGAAAAGCAAUUAGAAGGUUGGACAAAGGAACUGGAGGCCAGUGGAGCUGAUAUUGCCUCCCUAGCAAUAUCUUUAAGAAAACCUCUCAGACCUUUAUGGAUUUCACAAAGAACUGUUAUCUGGUUGAAUGAAGUACCUGAGUACGAUUCAUGGGAUUUCACACCCAUCAUACUCGACACUUUGACGAGGGAAGAUCCUUCAAUGAGACACGAAUCACCAAGAUGGAGUUGCGUAGACGGCUAUGCACGGCCAUCAAGGGCGAACAUAAAACAAGUGUUUGCUUGCCUUAGCGGAGGAUGUAACCCUUUUUUCCACGAGAAGUGGAUGCAUUAG